AUGGCACCUGAUCAAAAAUCAAAGAAAAAGGGCUCAUCCCAGAGCUCGAGAGCCUGGGAUGCCCUGGCCCCUCCACUUGAUGACUUUCUUCUCCAGGCCGUAUCGAGUUUCGGAUACUCCUCGAUGACUCCGGUUCAGGCUGCCGUCAUACCACUCUUCACAGGCAAUUCUGAUGUUGUGGUGGAGGCCACCACCGGCAGCGGCAAGACGUUGGCUUUUCUCAUUCCUGUCAUCAGCAAGCUGCUGCGGCUGGGGGAGCCCAUGAAGAAGCACCAUGUCGGAGCCAUCAUCAUAUCGCCAACCCGCGAAUUGGCAACGCAGAUCUACAACGUCCUUCUCUCUCUCCUCGCCUUUCAUCAACCCUCCGCCGAGCUGCUGCCGUAUCUCAAGGGCGACGAGAAGCGACCCGCCAGCUCCGUACCCGUCAUAGUACCCCAGCUCCUUGUAGGCGGCACGACCAAGCCGGCCGCCGACCUGUCGUCGUUCCUCCGCCACUCGCCUAAUGUGCUUGUUGCGACUCCGGGCCGUCUCGCUGAGCUCCUGUCGAGCCCACAUGUCAAUUCGCAAUCGAGCUUUGAGGUACUCGUGUUGGAUGAAGCAGACCGUCUACUAGAUAUGGGCUUCUCACAGGAACUGCAACGGAUUCUUGGUUAUCUCCCUAAGCAGAGGCGAAAUGGGCUCUUCUCGGCCAGUGUCAGUGAUGCCCUGGGCGAGCUCAUCAGGGUCAACCUGCGCAACCCCCGACGUAUUGUUGUGACUGUCAAGAACCUCAAGGACGGGGGUAUAAUCGAAGAGAAGAGAACACCAGCCAGCCUACAGCUGUCAUACCUGACAGUACCAGCAAACCAAAAGUUCCCGGCCUUGAUGCAGCUGCUCCAGAGCUUGGACCCCACGCCAAUGAGGUCAAUAGUGUUCCUGUCGACCUGCUUUGCGGUCAAGUACUUUGCCAGUGUGCUGCCGUCCCUGCUCCCCGACGGGUUCUCGGUCAUCCCUCUCCACGGCAAACUUGAGCCGCAAGUCAGAGACAGAAACUUCCUCAAGUUCACAACAUCAUCGUCGCCAACCAUCCUGCUGACGACCGAUGUCGCAUCCCGAGGCAUCGAUAUCCCUCAGGUCGAUCUCGUCGUCCAGAUAGACCCCCCUCAGGACCCCAAAACCUUCCUGCACCGCUGUGGCCGUGCAGGUCGCGCCGGGCGCCGUGGUCUCGCCGUCGUCAUGCUUCUGCCGACCGAGGACGGCUUCAUACCCUUCAUGGACGUGCGGAGGACGCCCAUCGCCGAGCUCACCCACCCUGCCAUCAGCAUAGCUCCCGAGGAGGCGGACCGCAUGACCUCCGGCCUGCGCAGCCAGGCCGUCGCCGACCGCGAGGUCUUCCAGCUCGCCCAGCGGGCCUUUGUCUCGUGGGCGCGCUUCUACCUGGAGCACCGCGCCACCUCCAUCUUCCGCAUCAAGGACCUCGACUGGGUCAACCAGGCCCACGCCUGGGGCCUCGUCCAGCUGCCCAAGAUGCCGGAGCUCAGGGGGCUCGACAUCGACCGCGGCCUCGGCCUGGGCAUAGACGCCAACGAGAUCAGGUUCAAGGACAAGACCAAGGAGAAGAAGAGGCAGGCCGAGGCCGAAGAGUGGGCUGCGGCUGCGGCCGCGAGCGCGGCCAGCGGCGAGAGCGCGGCGCAGCAGGGCAAGAGCAGCGCCAAGCGCAAGAAGAACGAGGCGUGGAGCGAGAAGCACGAGAAGGAGGACGUCCGGGUGGCGAGGCGGGAGAAGAGGAGGAAGAAGCGCGAGGCCGAGAGGUAUGCGCACAUGACGGACCAGGAGAAGGAAGACCAGAAGAAGCUGGACGACUUGAUCGGGCAGAUCCGGCGCAAGAACGAGCAGCAACAAGCCAAGGGCAGUAAUGCUGCCAGCGCUGCUGCUGCUGCUACUGACGAGUUUGAGGGCUUUGGAGAUUAG